AUGCGUUUAAGAAGAAAUUGAAUUUUUGACAAAGAAUACGACUCCUCCCAUUCAUACAACAAUAUUUCUUUGGCGUUUAUAUUUUCAUUCCCAUCUGGGACCAUCGAUUACGCGAACGGAUGCGUCGCGAAAGCUGAAGAAACAUAAACAGAGAUUCUACUUUAUCCAGCUGAGGAAAAUCAUUUCAUAUAGGCAAACGCUAUUGCACGCAGACAGCGUAUACAUCGAGGUUCAUCGGAGGUUCCCUCGCGGAUUUAGUCGAAACAUGAAUGAAACCUGCGGGCAAACCCCUAGUAAACCUCCGUUGUAGUCCUCUUGAGACUUUCGCUAUGGUUUACCAACGCAUAUAUGUACUCAACGUAGACCGUCGCUAUGAACUUGCUGCCAACCACAACACAUGUUACUACUGGCGGAGUUUCAACCACACACAGCGUCGAGCGUCACGCUUCUCAGCGCUCAAAGGGUUAACCGCAUGCUUUUCUUUGGAAUUAACAAUUACGUGGAACACAAAUGCAUUGUACACACGCAGAAGUCCACCGACAAUACAUGGAAAUUAACACCGGAUGCAGACGAGGCAUUAAAAAAAGUCAAGAAAAAUAGGCUGGAGACUCCUACCAGGAUCGAGAUUUGUGCAAUUAAGAGAAGAUUCUUGGAUUUUCGCGACCGCAUACCGAUGACAUAAGGAUGAGAGGUAGAGAGUAAGAUUCCUAACUUUCGUCUUGCGCGUCAGAAAAUUCUAACCAAGACGUGGAUGGAUGGUGAAGUCUUGAAACUCGGUAUCAAAGAUGAAAGUCUCAUCACGAUUCUUCCUCGAAGGAGGAAGAGAAAAGGAAGAAAACAAGUCGCAAGUUGCGUGAAGAACUUUCAACAAUUAAAAUUUAUCAAUUUUUCAUCCAAAUCUCUGAUAACAAUAUAAUCCGGUAAGCAGGAAAGAUGAACUAUUUUCAUACUCGAAAACGCCCCAUUAUAAAACUGGAGCAACGAGUUAGUAUUUGAGUGAUUAAUGACGACGCAAAGGAGUAAAUGAAACUUCAGCUAGUAGAAAAUGAAUAAACGUGAUAAAUAAUUAUUCGAAUUAGUGCUUCUAUUCGUGUCAAGGUUUAUCUUUAUUAUAAAUAUUUUGGGUCAUGAUGUUUUCUGCUCCACUUUCGUAUAACAAAAAUAUUCGCAAUAGUGUAGUGAACAAAAAAUAUUUUGUAAAGUACUAUAAUGAUAAUAUUAUAAUAUUUAUAUUAAUAAAAAUUGUUACGUUCUUGAUAGCUUCCAUUGAAAGAGCAAACCUCCGAGUUCCCAUAUUAUAAAUAAGAGGAAGAUCCACUUGAUAUUAAAUAAGAGAAAUCUUAACUGUCGUACUGUAACCAUGUAUUAUUUUAAGUAAUUAAAAUUAUUUUCUACAUUCAGUUUUCUUCUGAUCCACGAAUAUAUUUUCAUUGAUAAAACGAUUUAUUUGAUCAGCCAUCUUACUCGGACAACAAAUUAUUACGUACAGUGGAUGUAGAAAGUAUUCGUACACCGAUCAAUUUCCAAAAAAAAAAUUGUGUAAAAUUGUAAUUUAUUAACUUAUUUUUUAUAAACAAUGACAUUUUACAUAUUCUCGGAAAUCUCUAGAAUAGAUAAAAUCAAAAAAAAAAAAAAAAUAACUAUUUAUGUAAGUUGCGAAACUAACAAGAAAAAAAAUAAUUAAUCGAUAGAAAUGUUGGAGCAAUAAAUAUUCACGCAACUGUUAAAAAGUACUUUACUGGAAAUUUGAUGUUUUCUAAUUCGUACGGAGCGAUAAACUAAUGUGUUUACGUUACAAACUCUGCUGUAAAUGGUUUGUCAUAAGAAUCGUACAAAUACUUAUUACUUCUAUACUUUUACCCAUUUUUCACAUUUUUUUGUUAAUUUCACAAAUUAUAUUAACUAGUAAAUGUUGCUUGGACUAUAACCAAUUUAGAGACUUCCGAGAAUAUGUAAAAUAUUAUUGAUUACAAAAAAAGAAGUUAAGAAACUACAAUUUCACACAAAAGUUUUUUGGGAAAUUAAUCGAUAUACGAAUACAUUCUACACCCACUGUAGCGAAUUCGAAUUAGUCAUUCGAAUAAUAUUUAUUUGCAUCGAAUAUCUAAAUAAAAUAUUGAGCAAUAUUUGAAAGAAGUACUGUUAUUACACUUUUCUUGAGACUCAAUACAGAAAAUGUUUUCGAUCAAGGAAUUACUUGCUCAACAGGUUAAAGAAAAUCCCUUCGGGGAUA